AGACAACAGUAAACAGAAAAUAGAAUGUAUCCCCUAUGGCUGUUUUGUAUUACUCUGUUUGGAAUACCAACUACAGAAUCUCAAGUAGUUUAUUUAUCUCCAGGAAAAACCGGAAGUACCCAGGGAACUGCGGGAGCACUAACCCCAAUCUCUAAUUUUGCUCAAGAGAGUUUAAACAGCCAUGCAGCUCAAGAAGAUACGCACUCUAACCUCGAGGACGAGGUUACUAUGGAGCCUCCAAGUAUAGAUUGUGGAGAGGAUCUAGAUGUUAGCAUGGAGGGGAACGGAACUAUUACCAGUCCAGGAUAUCCUGAUAACUACCCUGCCUUUCUAAACUGUAAGUGGACCAUCAAGGCAAUGCCGGGGAAAAAGAUUCUGGCAAAAUUUAGUGAGUUUGAUAUAACCGCAAACACAGACUGCAGUUCUGAUUAUAUAAUUGUAAAUACAGGAUCGGAAUCUAAUAGAUACUGUGGUAAGUUUGCUCCUUCUGAGAUUGAGUCUGACUCCGAGCUCCUAGAGAUAGAGUUCCAUACUAACCAGGGGGACUCAUGCAGGGGGUUCAGCCUAGACUAUACUGUGGUCACUAAACAGGUAUCUUGUGGAACCAUCUCAUCAGAUGUUCAAUUUGAGUUCAAAUCUCCCAACUACCCUCAACCAUUGGAGAACAAAACCAUGCAGUGUGAUCUAACAAUCAGCCAUGAUUGUAAAACUCCAAUCUGCCAAUUGAGGUUGGACAUGCUUGAUUUUCGCCUUGGUCCUCCUACUGCAGGUGAUUGCAACAAUGAUCAAUUCAUUGUUCGAGCCAAUGAGCCUUUACCAGUCCUCUGUGGAAACAAUAGCAGACAGCAUUUGUAUGUUGAUGUAAGAGGGAGAAAAGAAACAAAUCUAAAUAUUCUCAGUAUGCCCAUACUUCCAAAACCAGUUGGGGUGAAAAAUGAAUCUGAUGAAAGCAGAGUAAUUAUCGAAUGGCUUCAUGAAGUUGACCCAGACAGAGCUUGGAAUAUUCUAGUCACUCAGAUUCCUUGCAGCUGUGAGGAUUCUCCACUUCCCGAUCCACCAGCACCUACUGGGUGUUUACAAUAUUACAAGGAAGUUACGGGUGUAAUUUCUUCUUUUAACUACAAUGGGAGAAUUAGAAACUAUGAGCCCUGCUGGAAUGGAACUGAAAAAGACUGUGGGAGUACUGUCUACACUGGACAUCUGAAUAAUCUGGAUUACUCCAUCUGUAUCCGAUCUCAACCAGGAUACUGUGGUAUUGCAUAUAGCCAGGUUGACCAGAACUCCUUUCAGUUGACAGGGCUUCAGGACUUGAAUAUACCAACUCCUGUGAAUGGAGAAAGUAACUGUUUUGAUGACUUUGUCUAUAUCCCACGUGGGUCACAUCCUGAAGACUCUAUGCAAAAGUACACAAAGGAGCGGUAUUGUGGCCAGAUAUUAGGGAACACCUUGGCCAGCUCUGUUAUAUCCUACUCUAAACCCUUCAUGCUUCACAUGACAACAGAUUCAGAGGAACCUCACAGCGGAAUAGCUCAAAACAACAGGGGAUUCCAGCUACGCUAUUCACAACUUCCCUGUUCACUAAGCAAAGAAAGUGCUUCGGCAUUUCUCUAGACCUCAACCAAGACUCCAGCAGCUGGUCCUGCCAAGUGCUCUGUCGAAGUGAGAGGACCUUCAGUCGGAGAUUCUAGUGCAGUGUAGCGGGAUGAAUUUAUUUUUCCUAAUCUGAUUUGUAGUUUUAAGUUUAAGCUGCCGCUCUCUAUUUUACAAUUGUCAUGCUUAUUUUAUGUUGUCGUUAAGUCUAGUAAACAGGAUUUAAGGACUUCAAAUAGGCUUUUAAAAUGUUAGUAUUUGUUUUUAGCAUAUGUAAGGGAUAUUAUGUUGACCAAAGAAAAUAUAUGCCUAACUAUA